AUGGUGAGAACGAGAAAUCAAAGGCAAGGAAAAAUACCUCGGAGAGGAACCACCUCGCAGUUCGCCGGCAUCGGAAUCCCAUCAAACCCGGUAUGCAUCGAAGAAGAGGUCACCACCACCAUCGUCAUGGAUCCAGUUCCCAUCUCACAGGUUCCAUUCGAAGAAGUCCAAAACCCUAGACAAGGUAAUCUUACUGUUGAUUUAUAUGGAGACCUCACGAUUUCUCCAUCCAUUGAGGAUGAAUUAAGGGAGAAUAAUGUUAAUCCCACCCAAGAUGAAGAAGAACACCCGGUUGUAGAACCCUCACCUCCGCCCUCUCUAACCCCCAACAUACCUCCCCCAAGACAGAUAAUUACCAAGAAACAAAGGGGGAAAAAUAUAGAAGAAGAACAAGACUGGAUUCCAGAUGAGAUAAGAGAAGAUAAUGAAUGUGAAGAAGAAGGUUCAGGAAAGAAGAGAAAGAAAUUGACAGCUAAGGAAAAAGGAAAACAAAAGAUUGUUAGAAAUUCUGAGAAAAAGACACUGCCUGCAAAGGAUAAUGGGAAACAAAAGGUAGUUAGUGAUGCUGACUUGACAAAACUGCCAAAACCCUAUAGUUCAAAGUUUUUGUCUAAAGAAAAUGCCAAAGAUUGGAACAAAUUUGUGGAUAAAAACAUCAUCAACCAAAAAAUCCUCAUACUUGACAAACUAGAAAAUUAUGCCCAGAUUUCUGAAACCCUAGCCAGAAACAACCUACUAGGGACAGUCACAAACAUCUAUCCUUAUGAGGAACAGGUCAUUAGGGAGUUCUAUAGCAAUCUCACCAAAGCCACCAUCAACCCUAAAACCCCAAUGUUUGGAAUGGUAUAUCUACGUGGAAAAUUCUUUGAAUUCAAUCCAGAAAUCAUCAAUGAAUACCUAGGGACAUCCACAGGAGAACAAGAAAUUCAACUACAAAAUGAGCAGGUUGCUUAUGAACUGACUGCUGGAAAUGUAAGUUUUGAUACAAACAAAAUCAAGGUUGCUUCCCUAACGAGCAAGUAUGCCAUACUCCAAAAAAUUGUUCUUGUCAAUUGGAUGCCAUCACUACAUGAGACAACAUUCAAAUGGAGCCUAGCAGAAUUGUUGUACAAAAUAGGGAAGGGAAUCAAAGUCAAUCUUGGAGUUAUUAUCCACUCAAAGAUCACACACUUUGCAGAAAACCGAGAAACAAAAGCCCACUUAAUCUUUCCGAAUCUGGUCUACUCUAUCCUAACCAAACAAGGACUAAAGUCACAAGGGCCAAAAGUGCAAGUCAAAACCUUAAACACAACAAUAAAGCUGAAAAAAGGAGCACAUCAAAAUGAUCUCAAGAAUUCGGUGCCAGCAGAUGACCCAACUAAUCAGCAAACUUUGAUUAGAUACUUUGAGAAAAAACUAAGGGAAUUGGAUAUUGCAGAAAAACAACUGUUAAGAAAACAUAUUGAAGUCAAAGAAGAAAAGGCAGAAUUACUCCAGUGGUUGACAGUUUUGAAAGCAAACAAUGACAAAGAAGAUAGUCAGCAAAAUGAAGAAGCAACUGGCAAUGAAACUAAUGAAGAAGAGGAGGAAGACAGUACUAGUAAUCAAGAUGAUCAGGAGGCUGAAGAGGAACCUAAUCAAGAAGAUGAUGAAGAUAGUGGCAGUGCUGCAGAUGAAGGUGAAGAAUCUACCUAG